AUGCUGGGCGCCAUGCUGUGCCCACUGCUGUUGGCCAUGCUCGGGAGCGUGCUGGGAUCAGGACCUGAUUCUCAAAGUUCAUCGAUACAAAUCAUAUUUCCAGAGAAAAUUGAAGAGAGUACAAGCUCAGAAGAAAAGAUAUCCUACAUUAUUCCAAUAAACAAGAAGCCAUACAUUGUGCACCUCCAGAAAAGUUAUUUUUUAGCAGAUCAUUUUAUGGUUUAUUCGUAUAACAAAGGAUCUGUGAGUUCUAGUUCUGCAGACAUCCCGAGUCAAUGCUACUAUCAAGGAUACAUCAAAGGUUAUCCGAACUCUGUUGUCACAUUGAGCACAUGCUCUGGUCUGAGAGGAAUCCUGCAGUUUGAAAAUGUAUCUUAUGGAAUCGAGCCCCUGGAAUCUACAAUUACAUUACAGCACAUUAUUUAUAAAUUAGGGAAUGUGGAGAAUGAUUUAACAGUUUUUAAUAAAAAUAGCAGAAACAUAGAGAUGCCGACAAACUAUGGCAUUUUUAUCAAUAAAAAGGUGAAAUCACCUUUAAAACAGUCAUUUCCUCUCUAUCUAGAGAUGAGUAUUGUGGUGGACAAAGCCUUGUAUGAUUACUUGGGCUCUGACAGGAUGAUUGUAACAAAUAAGAUCAUUGAAAUUAUCAGUCUUAUAAAUUCAGUGUUUUCCCAACUCAAGGUUACUAUUGUGUUGUCUUCGUUGGAGUUGUGGUCAGAUAAAAAUAGGAUCCCUACAGUUGGUGAAGCAGAUGAACUACUACAUCAGUUUUUAGAAUGGAAGCAAUCUUACCUUACCCUAAGGCCUCAUGAUGUUGCAUAUUUAUUCAUUUACAACGAAUACCCAAAUUAUGUGGGAGCCACGUAUCCUGGAAAGAUGUGUGCUGCCCGCUACUCUGCAGGGAUCACAAUGUACCCCAAGGACAUGACUUUGGAGGCCUUUUCAGUUGUUGUCACCCAGAUGCUAGGACUCAGUCUGGGAAUAUCAUAUGAUGACCCAACGAAAUGCCACUGCUCAGAAGCCAUCUGCAUCAUGAAUCCAAGAGCUAUGCAAUCUUCAGGUACGAAGGUGUUUAGCAAUUGCAGUUUGAGUGACUUUGAACAUUUUAAAUCUAAUGUGGGUGCCAAAUGCCUUCAGAAUAAGCCACAAAUGCAAUAUAAUCCAGUAGCCAUCUGUGGAAAUGGCAAAGUGGAGGGAAAUGAAGCCUGUGACUGUGGCUCUGUGCAAGAAUGUGGGCCCAAAAGCUGUUGUGAACCUAGGACUUGUGUUCUGAAACCAGGAUAUACUUGUGACAGCAUGUCUUCCUCACAAACCUGCUGCCAAUCUUGUAAGUUUUUACCAGCAAACCAUGAAUGUAGACCCCCAAAACAUUCAAAAUGUGAUUUCCCUGAAGUCUGCAAUGGGAGCUCUGGAUUUUGUCCACCUGAUAUAAAAAUGCAUGAUGGCUACACCUGCAGAGAUGGUGGGUCCAUCUGUUUUAAUGGAGACUGUCCUGACAUGAAUAAGCGCUGUGAGGAGAUAUAUGGACAAGGUUCACGGCUUGCUCCAUUUUCCUGCUAUGAAGAAAUUCAGAUUCAAACUGAUAGGUUUGGCAACUGUGGUAAAGACAAGCAAAACAGAUUUAUAUUCUGCGGAUGGAGGAAUCUCAUAUGUGGGAGAUUAAUUUGUACUUACCCCAAACGAACUCCCUAUAACCCACCUAAUAACAGCACUGCCUCUGUGAUUUAUGCUUUUGUACGGGACCAAGUGUGUAUCUCUGUAGACUAUGGAUCGAGUGUCAAAGACGACCCACUCAAGGUCAUUAAUGGCACUAUAUGUGACCAAGAUAGGAUUUGUUUAAAUAAUGUAUGUGUAGAAUCAAGAUUUAUAAAGGAUAAGUUCAAUGUAUGUGUAAGCAAGUGCAAUGGAAAUGGAGUAUGCAACUCGCUCGGGGAAUGUCAUUGUAAUGAUGGCUACAGACCUCCAGACUGUACAGCAAGUAGCCGAUCUGCCCUGUGGUUUAACAAGCCUGAUCUGAACAUGCAUGGACUUCCUAAGAACACAGAGAAGAAGUGGCUUCUAAGUUUGUACAUUGUUUUAAUUAUUCUCACCUCAACAUUACUAGUAGUGGGAGCAUGGAAAGGCUUGAAACAGUGGCUUUUCAAGGAAGAGGAAUCCCUGAGUAGCGAAACCAAAUCAGAAGGCAACACUCACACCUAUACCAAGUGA